AAAAACGUCAGUCUGGCGCCGCUUUGUUUACAUCAACAUUCUGCCAAUCCUCGUUUAUGUGUACUCUGUGGUGAUCACCGGUUAAAUUGUGAAUUUUAUUACUGUUACACUCAAGGGGCAUCGGCCACCUUUGUCACAUUCCUUAGAAGAUGGAUAAUCCACUGUUUGGCACCGCCCAUAUGCUUUAUGAAGUUGAUAAAAAAUUGAUGGUUCUGCUGCACGAUGGUCGAACGCUAAUCGGUUACCUGCGAAGUGUGGAUCAGUUUGCCAAUCUGGUGCUACACCGUACCAUUGAGCGGAUACACGUCGGUAAUGAAUACGGCGAUAUUCAACGCGGCGUGGUAAUCAUCCGCGGCGAAAAUGUAGUACUGCUGGGAGAGAUUGAUCGCGAAAAGGAAAGUAACUUACCACUGAGAGAGAUCUCCGUUGAUGACAUUCUGGAUGCACAGCGACGCGAACAGGAGGCCAGACAGGAAAAGCAUCGACUGGUAGCGAAAGCACUGAAGGAGCGGGGGUUGAACAUGAAUUCCGAGAUGGCUCAAGACGAGUUUUAGUGUUGUCCUAUUGUUUAAUGAAAAUGACUGCCGGAAUGGAUGAUACAACAACAUAUGUGAAACCCUUUUUUUAUUUUAAAAAUAUCAUCUCAAGCUAUAA